AAGACAGCUGAUAAAAUUGUCAAAUGUAUUCUGUCAAUGAAAUAAAAUCAAUUUUAUGAGCAAAGUACUUCAAAUUACUUGUAUAGUGAAACCAAUUGCGUUAAUAAGUACUUAUUAAAGUUAAUACAAUUAUUUAAAGUGGUGUUUAAUUUGUGAUCAAAAAUUGCGUCGACAAUAGCGCGUUAUUUGUGGGAGCAGUUUUUCGGCGUAUUUCGCAUUUUAAAACGUGAUGGCGGAACCGUAGCCGCGUCCAGCACGAUGCCGGUGCGCCUGCGCCGCGUGGCGGGAUUCGAGGGGCGCGUCAACGAUAUCAUCUUCCAGCCGGCUAGCGUCUUUACCACCCCGCAGCAGACCCUCGUCUACUUCGGGGGAGAUGUACAGGAUUACCCGGAGGUGAUGCAAGCGCACCGCGACAACCGAAACUACGUAAAGUGGAACCUGGAGAAUAUGGCGCGCAUGCUCGCGCACACCUUCCCCAACAAGCACGUGCUGGUCGUCAAGGCUUCCAGGGUGGCGUACAAGAGCUUCAGGUGUUACGACAACUUCGUGCCGAGCAACAACGCGGGUGUGCCAGAACACACGCCCACAAACAACGCGCUGCAGCACUUGGAGAGAUUACUUCAGAGCGUGAAUGAAAGGAUUAAAGUAUUGCCCACCUCUGAACUGGAAGCUUUGAGUCCUGGACUCAGCGAGGACAUCGACAUAGAAGAUUUGCAUAACUCGCCGGUGCACCGCUCAUCCGAACAGAAGAAGUCGAACGGCGCAGCGUCCACCUCCAACGGCUCCUCAGAUCACAAGCCUGUGUUGGAGUGUGGGCCGUGGUGGGAGCGGGUGUCGCUGGGAGACAGCCGGCUGGCGCUGGUGGGGUUCAGCAAGGGCUGCGUGGUGCUUAACCAGAUGCUGUACGAGUUUCACUACACCAGCACUCUGACGCCCUGCGAUACGCAUGCCGUUAGGUUUAUCGAUCGCAUCGACGACAUGUUCUGGCUGGACGGCGGGCACGCGGGCGGCAAGAACACCUGGAUCACGUCCCGCAGCCUGCUCGAGACCCUCGGCAGGCUCAAGCUGAACAUCCAUGUUCAUGUAAGCCCUUACCAAGUGUUGGACGAGGGUCGACCCUGGAUUGGAAGGGAGGAGAAGGCUUUCACCAGCAUGCUGAGGAAACUUGGGGCUAGGAUCCAAAGAUACAUGCACGGACACCCGUCGGCGUCGAACUCUCUACAAGCUCAUUUCGACGUGCUGAACAACUUCAAACGCGCCGAGGACCUCACGCCAGACUUACAGGACCCCGAGGAGGAUUAAACAUUGCGAGGAGUUGGAAAUGUGUUUAUUUGGCAAGCUGUGAUAGAUCCAGAAAAAAGGAUGGAACAUUGUGAGGCAGUAGGGGAUGCUAACCUCUAAAUUGAUGGAUAGGAUUGGAAGUUAUACGGUUGCUCUUAUAAUCCUCCAGGAAAAGGGACAGGAGGAAACUUGGGAGGGUAAAGAUACCUCUGAUGUUUGAAGGUGGUUUGGGGUGUUUUAUAUAUUAUUCUUAUCCUAGUAUCUUCUUGUUGACCCUUAACUUAUAGGGAACCCUUGUGGUGCUGUGGUUGGGCCUGCGAUAAAGCAGAUAUAUUUAGAAUCAUAUCAGAAUAUCAUAUGUUGAUGUGGAUAUUUAUUCUGCUGGUAGGAUAUAUUUUAUAUCCGCCCGGAUAGCGACCACCAUAUACAAGUUGUUAAAACCUGCCAUAGAGGCCCACGUGUGUCGCGUUCCGGGAUCAGCCUGUGUAUAUCCGGUUCCAAUAGGCCGGCAUAAUUGUGUCGACUGUUGAGGGGGAAUCAUCUCCCCGUCGACAUUCUAUUGGACCCCACUCCACUUACCAUCAGGUGAGACAGUGACAUCGCUGUGACCGUAUAAAAAAAAUGUACAGGCAAAUAACGACGGUCCUACGUAAAGUAUCGAAUCUGCAAAAUGCAAAUGAUAAACAUAGUAGAGGUUGCAUUAUAAGGAAACUAUCUUUAUUUCUUCUACACUAAACGUUUGCUACUGUUUCAUGUAGACUGGGGCACCUAAUAUUUAUUUGUCUGUGGCUCAAUCAUUAGGCCUAAACUGUCUUAUAUACGAUAUAAUUCCAUAACUCCUAAGUAAACUAUCGUAUUUGUAAAAAUAGUGAUAUUCUAUUUUUAGCGUUUAAUUCAAAGUUUAAUACGAAAAAAAACUUCACUCAAAUUAUAUUAUUAUUUUAUUUUAAAUGGGUUUGGUACAGUUAUGAUAACGAAACGCUAAAAAAGUGAAUAUCGCUAUUUUUUAAGAUACGAUAGUUUACUUAGGAGCUAUCGAUAUAUGAACUAAAUGUAUACACGUCAUAAAUAAUCUAAAAUAUUCAUUUAAUUACUGGCCAGUUGUGUUAAUAUCAAUAAAGAGCUUGCUUUAUUUUAGUUUAGAAAAAUGAAGACGAGUAUAUUUUUGCAAAAGCUUAUAAUGAUUUCACGUCAUCGAAAUAUGUAUAACCAUGACAAAUACAUUCUUAAUGCUUUAAUAAUAUGAUUAUAGGUGAUAUCGCCUUUUAUAACGCAAUACCGCGGUAUUCGAGCUGAUCAAAGAUCAUGCACAAUUUGAUCGAAGAAAUAUAAUAUAUUCUUAUGUUGACUAUUGGUCUAUUUAAAAACGCGACGUCGCGUUAUUGUAUCUAAUAUUUGUACAAAUCUAUUUUAUGCUUUACUGGAAUGCUAUUUAGGUUGUAGUUGAAGUCUGUAUAUUUAUUUACUCAUUGUAGUGUAGUAUUGCUCAGAAAAAUCGCGGCGGGCCGCAUCGCUUGGCAAAAAUAAAGGAUUUAUUCUUGGGUGUAAAAAUACUUGAACCUAAUUCAGCUUGUAUGAAAUCGUUUUUUUUUGCAAAGCCAUGCGACUCGAGUGUGCGCGGGAACUUAUACGCCAUCGUCUUAAUAUUUUCAUUUAUCAAUGUAAUUUUAAGUAGAAUAUAACGACGGUUGUAAAACAUUAGUGUACCAACAUGUGUAACUAUUGGUCUCAGAAAUAAAUUAUUUUCAUCACUA